AGCAUGGGGACCUCACACACGCCUGUGCGCACGGUGCUGUUCCAGCGUGAGAGGACGGGGCUGACGUACCGUGUACCUGCACUGCUGCCCGUGCCCCCCGGGCCCAUCCUGCUGGCCUUUGCAGAGCAGCGACUCAGCCCUGAUGACUCCCACGCCCACCGCUUGGUGCAGCGCAGGGGCACGUGGGUGGGGGGCUCUGUGCAGUGGGGUCCCCUGCAUGUAUUGGGGACAGCAGCUCUGGAAGGUCAUCGGUCCAUGAAUCCCUGUCCUGUACAUGAUGCCCACACGUCCACGGUCUUCCUCUUCUUCAUCGCUGUGUGGGGACACACUCCUGAGGCCACGCAGAUUGCCACGGGUCGGAAUGCAGCCCGCCUCUGCUGUGUGACCAGCCACGACGGGGGUCACAGCUGGGGCCAAGUGCGUGACCUCACGGAGGAGGCUGUGGGCAGCGCCCAGCAGGACUGGGCCACAUUUGCUGUGGGCCCAGGCCACGGCGUGCAGCUGCGCUCAGGCCGCCUGCUGGUGCCAGCUUACACCUACCGCGUGGACCGGCGUGAGUGCUUCGGCCGCCUCUGCAGGACAAGCCCACACGCCUUUGCCUUCUACAGCGAUGACCACGGCCACACCUGGCGCUGUGGGGGCCUCGUGCCCAACCUGCGCUCGGGCGAGUGCCAGCUGGCGGCUGUGGGCGGCUUGCUGUACUGCAAUGCCCGGAGCCCCCUGGGCAGCCGCGUGCAGGCACUCAGCACCGAUGAGGGCGCCUCCUUCCUGCCCGGGGAGCUGGUGCCCAGCCUUGCUGAGACUGCCCGAGGCUGCCAGGGCAGCAUCGUGGGCUUCCCAGCCCCUCCCUCCAGCAGGCCCCUCGGUGAGGGGGCGCCUUGGGGCUCCAGGGGCCACCCCUCUCCUCCUUUCUGUCCUGGAGUGCAAGGGCCCUCUGAGGGGGGCGCUGGUGACAGCUGUGGCAGUGAAGGGCCUGGCGGGAGGGAGGGGUCUGCGGAGCCCCCUGGGGGCCUGGGUGGGGACACGUGGCUGCUGUACUCCCACCCGGUGGGGCGCAGGGCUCGGCUGCACAUGGGUGUGCGUCUGAGUCGGGCCCCCCUGGACCCGCAGAGCUGGUCGGAGCCCUGGGUGAUCCACGAGGGCCCCAGUGGCUACUCUGACCUGGCCUGCGUGGGGCCCUCGCCGCAGGGAGCCCUGGCCUUUGCCUGCCUGUUUGAGAGCGGAGCCAGGCUCUCCUAUGAGGAGGUCUCCUUCUGCCUCUUCUCUCUGCAGCAGCUGCUGCGUCACGUGGGGCCCCCCCGCCAAAGGGCCAAGCCUGGGGGGCACUGCCAGCCCUCCUGA